AUGGUGAAGUUGCUGAAAGCGCCUGUACAGAAUGGUGUUGGCCUCGCGUACGACGCCCAGAUGAUGCUCUCUGGCCCCUUCACGGAGACUUCUGAACGUUUGUCCAAUAUACUGCAUACGGCAAGUCCUGCAUGCGAUCAAAUAAAUUAUGCCCUUAGUAUUGCAGGCAAGGAGCAUAUUAGGUUGACAAAGGGGAAUGAAGGCACAGCUACUGGUGGUGGCAUACCAGAGGAGUCAACCACACGGCAACAGAGACAGUUGCUGCUGCAGGGAAGUGUUGCGUGA